AUGGAGUAUCACUUUGUUCCGCCUGAGGAGCGCGCACGGGACGAGAAGGGAAACCUUCUGCCCUGGGGUUACGUUUAUAAAGACGAAUCCCGCAACCCCCGACGACCACCUGAGGAGACUGGACCAUUUGGACGAAGGAGAAAUGCCCGUUACGAAACCGCACGAUCACGGACACGUACCGGAACACCCGCGAAGAAAGAGAACGUCAACGUUGCUGAGUUUGGGCGACUUUUCGCACAACAGCAGGAGGAAGAGAGAACUCACCACACCUUGCCCAAGUCUUCGUCCGCAUCAAAUCUCGACAACCCCUUUACGGAGAAGGUCGCGACGGAAUGCAUACUAUACGGAUACAAGAGCAAGGAUUCGGAGUGGAAGGUGAUUGAUAAAUACGAGAGGAUUUCACGAGGCUUGAUUUGCGAGGACUAUCCGCGCAGCGAUCCCAACGCUUUUGGAUAUUCCCAGAUGUUGAGUGGUGGUGAUGUAGUUAUUCGUGCGAAUUUGUCCGCCGACGCGAACCGCAAGUCGAAGCGAUAUGCCGGAGGUUUCCACUGGAUUAAGAUUACGUUCGAUUCUACCAAUGCCGCAGACCGUGCUUGCUUCUUCUCGCCACAGGAGAUUGACGGCCACCUUGUUCACUGUGAAUUGUAUCACGGGUCAGGACCGGCGGAGGACAUUCCUAUUCCCGUGGAGUCGGCAGCAGCAAGCCGUAAAGCUGCACGAACCUUGACCACUUCUCAUUCGACAAACUUCCUACAGAAUCAGGUCAACGAACGGCAUACCCUGCCGCGAUCUUUCGCGUUGAGCAACCUCUCCAGCGUUCUCGACAAUGAAGAUGACGAGUCGCAAAUCUCUACCAAUACCGCAAGCUCAGCCACGGCAACCGGUAUUGAGCAACCUGCUACCUCUACCCUCCACCAACGACAACAACUCCAACCGCAACCGCAACCGCAACUGCAACCCCAGCCUCAGCCUCAACCUCAGCUCCAAGAACCUAAACCAGAAUCCGAGUUCAUGACACACAUCCCGACAGUGCGUCGGACGAAACUUCGACCGUUGACUGAAGCUCUUCCUCCUCAGCCUACGGUUACCGAGCGUGUCCUCCGGUCGAUCCCAAUCCUCAGCUGGUUCACAGGCGAUAUCGUUGGCGACGGGCCGCUGCUUCGCGAAGAUGGAACGUUCGACUACGACAACUCCAAUAUCUACUGGCGCUUCUGGUACACGGUUGACUUGCUUAUUGGUACGGAUAUGUGUGGACUGAAGGAGGAAUCGUGA